AUGGCUUGCUUAACUCGCCACAAUUAUCAUUCUCGACUCCCUAAAAUGGUGUCCGAGAAACCCUUCCCUCUCGACAAAGUUUUUCCUGUUUAUGCCAUGGGUUUACCCGACCCGCUUCCUCAUUCCAUCCUAGACGGCUCCGACCCCAUUUGGGAAGCUGUCAAACUAGAAGCUAAGCUCGAGGCUGAAAAGGAACCGGUGUUGAGUAGUUUUUUGUAUGCUAGUGUUCUAUCACAUGAAUGUUUGGAGCAGGUACUGGCUUUUGUCAUUGCCAACCGUCUUCAAAGUCCUACUCUUUUGGCUACACAGCUCAUGGACAUAAUGUCCAAUGUCAUUAUGCAUGACAAAGGGAUUCAGCGAUCCAUUCGCCUUGAUGCUCAGGCAUUCAAAGAAAGGGACCCUGCAUGUUUGUCAUAUUGCACUGCAAUUUUGUAUAUGAAGGGUUUCCAUGCGCUGCAAGUUCAUCGAGUUGCGCAUGUAUUGUGGCACCAGGGACGCACAAUUUUGGCCCAGGCUUUGCAAAGCCGUGUAAACGAGGUUUUUGCAAUUGACAUUCAUCCUGCUGCAAAAAUCGGAGAGGGAAUUUUAUUAGAUCAUGGGACAGGCGUGGUUAUUGGUGAAACUGCUGUUAUUGGAAACAGAGUUUCAUUGAUGCAGGGUGUAACAUUGGGAGGCACGGGGAAGGAUACAAGUGAUCGUCAUCCCAAAAUAGGUGAAGGGGCACUCAUUGGAGCUGGUUCAACUAUACUCGGAAAUAUAAAAGUUGGUGAAGGUGUGAUGAUCGCUGCUGGCUCCCUCGUGCUAAAAGAUGCCCCUCCCCGUAGCAUUGUGGCAGGAAUACCAGCAAAAGUUAUUGGUGGUCUAAGGGAGCAUGACCCGGCUUUAACCAUGAAACAUGAUGCUACAAAACCAUUUUUCAUUGAUGUAGCUGUUAACAUUAUAGCUGAAAAAUCCAGUGGAGGAAAGAAUCAAGACAAAAAGGAAUCAAACACUUGA